AUGUUGACCAGGCUGUUCACUGACCCCUCGCUGCUGCCGGACGUGCAGAAGUACACGGGCUGGGCCGAGGACAGUGAAGGAGACGAGGCCAAAAUCAAAGACGAGGACGCAGAAGGCCCGGAUGACCUGGACAGCAGCCGCACGCACUCAGAGCACGCGGGAGAUGACGAUGAAGACGAUGAGGGGGAGGAAGACGAGGACUGUGAAGACACCGAGGGAGACAGGCCCAAGAAACGCGGCCCAAAAAAGCGCAAAAUGACGCAGGCGCGAAUCGAGCGCUCGAGGCUGCGGAGGAUCAAGGCCAACGCCCGGGAGCGCACGCGCAUGCACGACCUGAACUCCGCACUGGACAAUCUGCGCAAAGUGGUGCCAUGUUACUCCAAAACUCAAAAACUGUCUAAGAUCGAGACUCUGCGUUUGGCCAAGAACUACAUCUGGGCUCUGUCCGAGAUUCUGCGCUCGGGGAAGCGGCCGGACCUCGUGUCCUACGUCCAGACUCUGUGCAAAGGCCUGUCCCAGCCCACCACCAACCUCGUGGCCGGGUGUCUGCAGCUCAACUCGCGGAACUUCCUCACGGAGCAGCAGUGUCAGGACGGGGCCCGUUACGCGUCCGGCUCCUUCUCCGUGCACUCGUACCCGUACCAGUGCGCGCGCCUCUCCAGCCCGCACUGUCAACCGGGUUCCAACUCGCACGCGAUGCGGACGCACGGAUACUGCUCCUACGACUCCCUGUACGGCGGCAGCCCGGAGUACAACAGCCCGGAGUACGAGGCGCUGAGCCCGCCGCUGUGCGUGAAGCACGCGGGCUCCACGUCCCCGGAGGAGAAGCCGUAUCAUUACUCUAUGCACUACACGGGCCUGGCCGCGCCCCGGGCCCCGGGCGCGCACAACCUGGUUUUUGGCUCCUCGGGGCCGCGCGGCGGGAUUCACUCUGAAAACGUGCUGCCUUAUCACGACAUGCACUUACAUCACGAGCGCGCGCCCGUCUACGACGAACUCAACGCCUUUUUCCACAAUUAACAUGAA